AUGGGAUCUUCCGAGCCCGACAAGGUCGGUCACAUUCCCAAUCAAAACGCCAGCGUGUUUCUUGAGAGGGAACCGCUACCCUCACCUGGCUUCGAUCACUCAUCUGCAAGCUCCCCUGGUCUUGAAGAUCUGGGUGAAAAAGCAUUGGUCGACAUCCUGCCCCGGGAUCAACAGGAGAAGACUGCCACAUAUGACUAUGCCUACGAGAAAUCACUGAGCCACGCGGAGGCAAAACUGUUCUACCAGCACCACCAGCUCGCGUCCAAAAGUGGUGACAACACAGGGCCAGUGAGCCCAGUGCCCACGUGGCGUUCCACGAGCGAUCCCCACGACGACGGUCUAGCAAUGGCCACAGAAACCAGCCCUCGACACAAGAGUCACCCCGCGCGCAAGGGCUCUAUGGUGGUGGAGUCAGAAUGGAGUCUGGAUUCCAUGGUGGAUCAUGACACCGAUGGGACGAUCCAUGAUUCCCCGCUGGUCGAUCACUCGCUCCCGCGCCACGCAGGAUCCUCGGGGAUAACGCAUGGACAAGGGCUUUACCCGCCGGGUGGAGAGAAUGUCCAUGGUUCUGGGCUGGGAAUUGUCUCCCAGGGUCCAGGUGGAGACGCCAUCACCUCUGAAUUGCAUGCCAUCUACCGCAAGAUCAAGGGUCUGUUGGAUCGUCGCGCCAAAUACCUGGCGCUGUCACUACAGAGACCGGGCGACGAUCCAAGGGACAAAGAAAGUUGGGAAAUCUACCCUCCACCGCCUGAGCCUUCCUGGGAUGAAGGGAAGGAAUAUCAGCCUGGAAAUGUUGGGGGACCUGCCGAUCUGAACUCGAAGAAGAGGAAGAUGGGUCAAGAUAUCGGCGAGGACUUUGACAUGGAUGAACUGACCCUUCCUGAACAGUCCUCCUGGACGUAUCGAUUGGAUAGCAACAGUGUCUACCAGGUGUUCGAUUCGGAAGCAGCAGCGGAUCGGCAUGAACCGAUGGUCAAGAUCCCAUCCCUGCGUGAUUUCUACAUGGACCUCGAUGCUGUUGUAGAUGUUUCCUCUGAGGGUCCAGCCAAAAGCUUUGCUUUCAAGCGCCUUUCGUACCUUGAAGGUAAAUUCCAACUCUACACGCUCCUGAACGAGUAUCAGGAAAUCGCAGAUAGCAAGAAAGUACCACAUCGCGACUUUUACAACGUGCGUAAGGUGGACACUCACGUUCACCACUCGGCAUGCAUGAACCAAAAACAUCUUCUGCGUUUCAUCAAAAGCAAGAUGCGAAAAUCGCCCGAUGAAGUGGUCCUCUUUCGAGAUGGCAAGCAUCUCACUCUCCGGGAGGUAUUUGAGAGCAUCAACCUCACGGCCUACGACCUCAGCAUUGAUACGCUUGAUAUGCAUGCACACACCGAUUCCUUCCAUCGGUUUGACAAGUUUAACCUCAAAUAUAACCCCGUUGGCGAGUCCCGUCUCCGUGAGAUCUUCCUGAAGACCGACAACUAUAUCAAAGGCCGUUACCUGGCGGAAAUCACCAAGGAAGUCAUGUCCGACUUGGAGUCCAGUAAGUAUCAAAUGGUCGAAUGGCGUAUUUCCAUAUACGGAAGAUCUGCCGACGAGUGGGAUAAGCUUGCUGCCUGGGUAGUGGACAAUAAAUUGUUUUCCCCCAAUGUCCGCUGGCUGAUCCAGGUUCCACGGCUGUAUGAUGUGUACAAGUCGAGUGGGAUGAUGGAGAACUUUGAGCAGGUUAUCACAAAUGUUUUCCAGCCACUGUUCGAAGUGACCAAAGACCCAUCCAGCCACCCGAAGCUUCAUGUUUUCCUUCAGCGUGUGGUGGGAUUCGACAGUGUCGACGAUGAGAGUAAGGCUGAGCGUCGAUUGUACCGAAAAUACCCCAUCCCACGAGAUUGGAACACCAAGCAGAACCCCCCAUACAGCUACUGGGUCUACUUCAUGUUUGCCAACGUCGCCUCACUCAACCAUUGGCGGCAACGGCGAGGAUUUAAUACAUUUGUCCUUCGUCCCCAUUGUGGAGAAGCAGGCGAUCCAGAUCACCUAGCUGUUGGGUUCCUCUGCUGCCAUAGCAUCAGCCAUGGAAUUUUGCUACGCAAGGUACCCCUGCUGCAGUAUUUGUACUAUCUGGACCAAAUCGGCAUUGCCAUGUCACCCCUCAGCAACAACGCCUUGUUCCUCACCUACGACAAGAAUCCAUGCGCCAGCUUUUUCAAGCGCGGUCUGAACGUUUCGUUAUCAACCGACGACCCGCUGCAGUUUGCAUUUACCAAGGAGCCUCUAAUUGAGGAGUAUUCAGUGGCUGCUCAGAUUUAUAAGUUUAGCGCUGUUGACAUGUGCGAAUUGGCCAAGAAUUCUGUUGUCCAAAGCGGAUUUGAGCUCUCGUUGAAGAAGCGCUGGCUUGGAUCAAACUGUGAUCUUCCCGGAUUUACAGGCAACAAUGUCGCCAAAAGCAAUGUCCCUGAUAUCCGUGAAGCGUUUCGGCAUGAGACGCUGCAGGCCGAAUUGUCACUGUAA